GGGACACUUACUUAGUGAACUCCAGGGGCUUGACCUUUGAAGUGCUUCCUGUCUGGCUGGCUGUGUGGCUUCCCCUCCAGCAGCAGACUGUGGAGACUGAAUGGUCGGACCUGUCAACAUGUUUCUGACGAGGCUGUGUGUUCCUCUGAUACCGCGGUGUGUUUGCCCCGUGGUCACGCGGACAGUGUCCCCGCUCCACACUCACACAGCUCAGCUGGACUCGAACAGGACGUCCGUGGUGCGCUGUGGUCGACAGAGGUAUGAGAGGCUGUACCCGGUGAUGUUGGUCCGCCCUGACGGCUCCACAGUCAACAUCAGAUACAGAGAACCCAGACGCAUCCUCAUGAUGCCAGUCAAUCUGUCCACUCUGUCUGAAGAGGAGCGCCGAGCCCGACAGAAAAAGAGGGAAGUGAAGAAGCAGAAAAAAGAGACGCCGGUCCACUAUGAAGACGAUUUCGAAGCUGACAAAUAUAGCCAAUUCUGGAAGAAGAAAUGAACCCUUAAACAGUGAACUAUGGCUGAGGCAACAACCCUGAAAAUCCAACUCUCACUUAAAGCUUCCAUGUGUCCCUGUGCAGUGUGUUUAAAUUUGGUUUCAUUUUCAUUCCAGUAAAGGGAUUCCUCCAGAAGAUUCCAUCAGAAUACUGAAACCCAGUGUAAUAAUGUUUUUUUUUUAUGGCACCAUAAACUCUGCUAUUGAGUUUUACUGUGACCAUAGAUUUCUUCUUAAAAAUAUAAAACAACCUUUUGAAGCUGAAAAAUAAAUCAUUAUCCAUUUGAUGAAUUUUCAUCAAAUACACAAACUUGGUUGAAUUGUUUUUGGGCCUGCUCGUGGCCUGGCCAGUGCCUGAACAACUAACGGCCUGCGGGCCUGAUGCAGCCCUUCUGAGUUUUCCUAUUUCCUGCAAGACUCUGGCGGAUAUGUGUGUGUAUGUGUGUUAUAUUAAAACUAAGAUCGUACUCUUUGCAGACAGAUCCGCUCCCUGAUUUUCUCUUCUUGGAGCUGCAUAUGUGUGCAUACACACACUCACAGAUGGCGUGAUCACAACAAACACUUCGCUGUUGAAGUUAAAUGCGAAUAUUUAAGAAAAAGCUGAAAUAAAAGCUGUCUGUAGGCCGAAUGAUGAUGUUAGUUUGUCAUAAAUCUGGUUAAACUCUUAUAAACUUGUAUAAAUUACAUUUGUGAAUUAUCUUGUCUCUUUGCUGUAUUAUGCUGUGUGAAACAAAGUGAAUGAUCAUUCUUUAA